AACAACUGGUCACAUUGCCUAGCCGGACUGCAGUGGCCUGGCCUCUCAUCUUGAUUGGUGAAAUCGGAUAAACCCAGUUCGCCCAGGCCACCCGUGCCAUAACGCCGCCGGUAAAUUCACCGAUUGGGGGUUGAGGAAGGAGAUGAUGGCAUGGAGAUUCGUUCUCAGCAGCUCCCUUCGCCCACCGUUUCUGUACUCUCGCCCUUUACAGAGCUCAGUGUCAACGCCAGCUGCCAAGGAAAGAGGGCUUCCGUUUCCAAAUCGACACAUGACAUACGGAAGAAGCCACCAUCUCCGAUCUGGCGCACUACUUGCUUGCCAAGCCAGACAGCAACGCGGCACGCCCCAGGAGGAGCAGCGAGGCACGGAAGACGGCCGGUCUCUGCGGCAGCUGCAGCAGGCAGCCUUGUGGACCGCUGAGGCAGCUUACAUCCUUUGGCUUUUCCUCCUCCCUUAUGCUCCGGGUGACCCAGUAUGGGCUAUAAAGUCAACAACAGUCGAUGAGCUUCUGGGAUUGUCUCUCAAUUUCUUCUUUAUUCUACCCUUGAUGAAUGCUGUUGGCCUUCAUGUGCUUGAACCUCCAGUGUUGCAUCCUGUAGCUGAAGGUUUAUUCAACUUCAUAAUUGGGUGGACACUGUUGUUUGCUCCGCUGCUAUAUACAGAUUGCCACCGAGACAGAUACAAGGGGUCAUUAGAUGUCUUAUGGGGCUUUCAGAUGUUCCUCACAAAUACUUUUUUGAUACCCUAUAUGGCCAUCCGACUCAAUGACAAGGAUGUGAAGCCUUCCAACAGCAAGUUGUCUGAGUUAGGAUUGUUGAUGACAAAAGGUUCAUCAACUGUUGGCAUUAUAGGUGGGAUAGUGUGUUUAGUAUCAGUACUUUGGGCCUUUUGGGGGCGCCCUGACAUUGAUUUUGGAGGUAUUGCGGACCGAUGGCACUUUUUUGUCGAGUAUAUUGGAGAAGAGAGGCUUGCUUAUGCCUUCUUGUGGGAUAUAUGCCUGUAUUCCAUAUUCCAGCCAUGGCUGAUAGGUGAGAACCUCCAAAAUGUAAAGAAAAGCAACUUGAGCACCAUAAGAAAGCUAAGAUUCAUUCCGGUUGUGGGCUUGGUCGCCUACACAUUGUGUUUAGAAGAAGAAAGAAAUGUCAGCCAAACAUGAUGGUUGACAUGAUGCCCGUGUGAAUGGAUAUGGGAAUUUUCCAAACAUGGGUUUGAUGUACAAGAGCUCCCAUUGUGGUAGCUUAAACUAUGCAUGCAGAAUUCAAACGUAUAUAUUUGAAGAAAGAAAGAUUGCAAGCAGCGUUACACUAUAAUUAUCAAAUGAAAAUAUAAGUUGAAUUUUA